AAACCAGCAGUUGUUACUUUUGCUAUGGCCAACAAUGUGCAAAACAUCGAGGGGUGAGAACUCUGUGUGGGCCAACACUAUUUUACAGUGCAAAAGCAGCUGUUGCAGGCAGAGCACAACAGUAAUCUUUUCUUCUUUCCAGCGAAUCGAUCGAUCGAUCGAUAGAUAGAUAGGUAGAUAAUAGAUAGAUGAUAACAGAAUUGUACUUGUAUUGAUUUCGGUGGCCAGCAGUUUAAUCCUUACUUCAUCGCCAAGGGGGAGCUUUCAUUUCCGACCUGAUAGGUUGCACCCUUCCAGCCAUUGAUUACCUUGCCUAGAUUUAGCUGGUUCAGCUCGCUUGCUCGAUCGCGCUCUUAAGAAUGGCUAUAUCAUCAUACACAACUCCGGCAGAUUCAGGGGUGCUCUUCGUGAUCCUGGCGAACACGGCCAUGUCCAUAGCGAUGGUGAAGGAGAUUGUGCGCUCGAUACUGCACGUAAUUGGCAUCCGCAUCGCGUCGUGGGAGGAGCUCUCGGUGGAGCCUCUGGAUUCAGGGGAAUGCCACCGAAGCCCCUCGGAAACAUACGCGGAGGAGCUGAGAAGCCAGAUGCCGGCGAUGAGGUACGACUCGAUCUUCAUACGCACCUGCCUCAGGGAAGAGUGUCCCAUCUGCUUGACCGAGUUCGAGGCGAACAUGGAGGUGAACCGGCUCGCGUGCAGCCAUGUUUUCCACAAGGUGUGCCUCGAGAAGUGGCUCAACUACUGGAACGCCACAUGCCCGCUUUGCCGGAACCACAUGAUGCCUCAAGAAGCCGAGCGACAAGAACACGGCGACGACGACGACGAAGACGAUGCUUGUCCUAUGUCAGAUUCUGUAAAGCAGACUCAAGAAACAUGCAGACCGUACAAGCAGUGUAUUCACCAGAGAAAAAUUAUUCAAAAUGAAACUACUGACUUGUGAUUGAUCCAAGAGGUUGGAUCAGUUUCAUUCACGACCAUUGGUAUUCCGCUGAUAGCCUCCUUCCUGAAACAUUUGGAAUGAGAAUCUUGCUAUUGAAUUUAGUGAAUCAAGCAAAGCCAGAUUAGAAAGACAACAUUGCUAAUUUGUUUAUACAGGAUAAGAAUUCACAAGGUUGA